AUGGCUUCUUCAAAAGCGGAUUGUAAGACAAGAGUGGCUACAUUACGACAUGAAAUCUUGUCGUACAAACCAGGCAAGGCUGUAUCUUGUGAUGAUGAACGAGUGGUGUUUCCUGAUAAGCUUGUCGUUGGCCGCGUCCCUCAUUGUGCUAUAUUUCGUUACGGAGACUUCCCUAAAGGUAGAAAUGAAUUGAAGCAGCUCGGGAUCACUGAUAUGUACGAAGUAACUGACAGUGGUGGCACUCAAUCAUAUAAGGAUAAGUUGCAGUUGCUUGACCUUCUACGUGGAUGCCUUUAUGAAGGCGACAGAACGUUAGCAGCUAAUGAUCUGGAGAAGAUGUGCAAGAAUCCAAGAUGUACGUUGUCCUAUGAGAAAACCAAGAAAGAGGUGAAAGAGGCGAAAGAAGCAAAUCAGAAGAUGUUCACAGAGGUCCAAGAGCAAAAUCAGGAAUUAAAGAAAGGGAGAGAGGAAGACAGAGAAAGAUCUGAGAAAGAGAAGCGCUCAUUGGCAGCAGAAAUGACGAAGAAACUCGAGUGUAAACAACAGCAUGUAGACACUUUGACGGAAACCGUACGGGAGAAAGAACGAAAUGAGACGACUCUAAGACAGCAAGUUGAGGAGUUAAAGAAAGGAAGAGAGGAAGACAGAGCAAGAUCUAAAAAAGAGCAGCGCUUAUUGGCAGCAGAUAUGACGAAGAAACUUGAGUCUAAGCAACAGCAUGUAGACACUUUGACGGAAACCGUACGGGAGAAAGAACGAAAUGAGACGACUCUAACACAACAAGUUGAGGAGCUAAAGAAAGGAAGAGAGGAAGACGGAGCAAGGUCUGAGAAAGAGAGACGCUCAUUGGAAGGUGAUAUGACGAAGAAACUCGAGUCUAAGCAACAUCAUGUAGACACUUUGACAGAAACCGUAGGGGAGAAAGAGCGAAAUGAGACGACUCUAACACAAGUCGAAGGAAGAGAGGAAGACAGAGCAAGAUCUGAGAAAGAGAAGCGCUCAUUGGCAGCAGAUAUGACGAAGAAACUUGAGUCUCAGCUACAACAUGUAGACACUUUGACAGAAAUCGUAGGGGAGAAAGAGCGUAAUGAGACGACUCUAACACAACAAGUUGAGGAGCUAAAGAGAGGAAGAGAGGAAGACAGAGUAAAAGCUGAAAAAGUCAGAGGAAGAUCUGAGGAAGCAAAGCGCUCAUUGGCAGAAGAAAUGAGGAAGAAACUCGAUUCUAAGCAACAGCAUGUAAACACUUUAACAGAAACCGUAGGGAACAAAGAGCGAAAUGAGACGACGCUGACACAACAAGUUAAAGAGUUAGAGAAAGGAAGAAAGCAAGACAGAGCAAGAUCUGAGAAAGAGAAGCGCUCAUUGGCAGCAGAUAUGACGAAGAAACUCGACUCUCAGCAACAACGCGUAGACACUUUGAUAGAAACCGUAAGGGAGAAAGAACGAAAUGAGACGACUCUAAGACAGCAAGUUGAAGAGCUAAAGAAGGAGCAUGACUAUAAGGAACAGCUUUUGGAGCAACUUGAGCGUGAGACCUGGAAGCUGAGAACCAAAAUUCAACUAGAAAGUGAGAUACGAUCUGCAGAGCAGAAGAAGAAAGCAGAGACACAUCAAUGGAGUUUCAUUCCUUGGGUGACCUCUGGGAAACAAGCUCAGGGUGGCACAUCAUCAUUUGAGGAUAAUUCAAGCGGAGGACUGGGAAGAAGUGAAACAUUACAAGCAGGAGAGGAGCCCCCAGAUGAUGAGUUUGCAGGCAUAUUACAGCAGAUAGCUGACGAUCUUUACGAUGAAGCCAAGAUCGACAGCCUUGCUGGUCAGCUGGGAAUCCUACAUGGUGAUAUACAGAGAGCGCUCAUGACCAAUGUGAAGUUCAACCGAGUUACCAGUGAUGGAACUCGUCACAUGCUGAAACAAUGGAGAGAAGGUGUGUCCAGGGAAGAUGAACGGAUUGUGCUAACGAAGGCGCUAAAAGCCGCCAAGUUGGUCAACCUUGCAGACCUGUAUCUCAGCACAGGUGUAGCAGAGGAACAGAUCGAUGAUGAAUAUGCCAACGAAGACGUCAAUGAUCAUCAGCUCUCUUAUAGAGAUGAGACCUCUCUAGAAGAGGACCGGACCAAAGGACACACUGACAUCCAGGUACUUCAGGAAGCUACAGCGAGCAGUAACCAUACUUCUCGAGAUGGGCAUUCCGGAGACACGGCUACCAAAACCCAGGAAGAAUUGACAGAUGGAAGUAAGAGUAAACAUCUUGACCAAUCACCGGAGCGCAGUACAGAGGACUUGGAUGAAUCUGAAGUGACUUCUGAAGAAGUGUCCUCUGAAGAAGUUCAUCCUGGUGAUGAUAUGAACAAUGCAAGUAGCAUUCAACCUUCUGAACAAUCGCCACGCCAUGAAAUGCAAGUCCUACCUGAAGAAAUGUCUGAGAUAGCCCCUCUGGUAUCUUCUGGUGAGAAACCCAAAGAUGAAUCCACCACCUUGGAUUACAGCCAUGUAGGUGGAAUCAUAAGUAACGAAGAAGAUCUGAUUUCUCAACUCGUUCUUAUUGAUACAUUCCCGGAGAAAAUAUUGCUUCUGUUCCUCGUAAAGAUAAUAAUGGAUGUUUCCCAGAAAGCACUCAGUUUUUAAGAAUCCCCAGAGAAUCUUCAUCAAGUCAAGUUACUUGCUUCCUCUAUAUAGAAAACAAUGCAUAAUACUUUUAUUAUUUUAGCUUGUGACGUUUCAGGAGCCCGUUUCAUAAAACUUUUUAUCUAUAAAAAAUGCUUAAUUUU